UGCAAACCCACCGCUCUGCAAACCGAAAAACGAGGCUGGGGGCAAAAUUAUGUAGUAUUUAUACCUUUUUUUUUUUUUAAAAAGCGAUAAUUAAAAAGAAGAAGAAGAAGGCGGUUAUUGCAUGUUUUUUAGAUGGGAAACCUGGUGGGCAGCUGGCGUUUCAAGGAGCCGAGCACGAUUGAGGAAUGUGACUCGACGUGGGGAUCGGACUCGGAGAGCGACGAGCCGGCGGCUGAAGAUGAUAGCGGCAUCUCCGACUCCGUCAGCCCGGCGGAGAGCGAGAGGGCCGCGGGGCACGCCGGAGACAGCACACCGCAGUUGACUGACUCCCCGGAGUCUGUUCCAAAGAUGAAGAGGAGUUUCUAUGCCGCCAGGGACCUCUACAAAUAUCGGCACAGCUACCCGAACUUCAGAAGGUCCCGGCAGCCCAAUGAGUACCGCAACCUGCGCUUCUACCUGAACAAGAUCCCUCUAGUGCCUGAUGGUAUCUACAUAGAGGAGAUUCUCUCUAAGUGGAGAGGCGACUAUGACAAACUGGAGCACAAUCACACCUAUAUUCAGUGGCUGUUCCCAUUAAGAGAACAAGGGCUCAACUUCUACGCACAUGAACUGACUCAGGACGAAAUCAAAGAAUUCCAAAGCACUCGGGAAGCAAAGCGGAGAUUCCUGGCGGCCUAUUCCCUCAUGUUGGACUUCUACGGCGUCAAGCUGCUGGAUAAGAGUGGCAAUGUUGCUCGGGCUCCGAACUGGCAGGAGCGCUUCCAACACCUUAAUGAGUCCCACCACAACUACCUGCGGAUCACUCGCAUCCUGAAGUCCCUGGGUGAGCUCGGCUAUGAGGCCUUUAAGGCCCCGCUGGUUCGCUUCUUCCUGGAGGAGUCGCUGUGCCACGGCACCCUGUCCAACAUGCAGCACAGCAUCCUGGAAUACUUUGUCUACACCAUCCGCCUGCCAGCCACCCGCCGACGCUUGCUCUGCUAUGCCCGCCAACACUACAGACCUGCCCACGCGUUCCUCUGGGGACCACCAACUAAAAAGCGGGGAGGUGGUGCUGGUGCUGGAGGUAGCGUGGGUGCUGGAAGUAGUGGGAUUAGGGCGCCUGCUCCAACACCAGAGCAACAGAGGAGGGGGAUGGAGAGCACCAUAUUCACACCUGCAGGUAGUGGAAAUAUUGUGUCUUCCCACAAUGCCACGAUGUGCCAUGAGCUGGCUGAAGGAGGACUCAAGGGCUGCAUGGGACUUGGUCCCAACAUGGGAGGAGCGCUGAUGAUGGUGGGAGCUCGAGCAGAGAGGAAUGAGUUCAAUGAGAUGAUUCCUUUGUAGGGAAAAGUUUUGAAAGCAGAAAACAAAAAACAAAAUGAACCACUUAAAUUGUAAAGAAAUAAACUUGCUUUGUGGAAGGACAUGCAAACCAGGGCAGUAAAACACAGGUACAGAUGUUUGAGCUGUUAAUGAACACAUCAUUAGAAUCUGUUUAGUUUAAGGGCUGACUAUAAACUCAAACAGUACUUUAUUUAUUGCAAGAGAAUUAUCUUAACUGAAUUUGGGAUUAUAAUCUAAAGCUGGGUUAUUUUUUGUUUGUUUGUGCUUUUGGUGGGGUUUGUAUCCUGAGCUAAGAUAGCCGAAUCCCAAAAUUAUCUAAACUAGUAGAGAAAGUUUGACAGAAGCCUUAUUUAAAGUUUUGGCCUGGAAUGCUGAAUGUUUGCUGGUGUUGGGAUGGUGAGAUUAUUGAAAUAGGUAGCUGGAGCUCCACCAAACAACACCCUGGAUUGAGCUCCUUUUGUACAGGGUCUGUACAGCAAAUGUGAAAAGGGAGAUCAGGAAGAAUUUGUCUUAUUUCCAUGUCAUGUAAAAAGCAUAUGAAAUAAGACUAAUUUGUCAGCAAUACUUAUAGAUUUUUUUAACUUGACUGACUUGAAAUUUUCACUUUGUUGUUAAUCUUAGGCACAGCUCAGUUAUGUAUCCGCACUGCGAUUUUACUCUCUACAUGUUAAAGGUAGCCAAUUCCGCUGAAAAUUGUACAGAACUAUAUAGCAAAAAAUAAAACGUGUUGGUAAGCUGAUAUCUUUAAGAAAUACUUAAGAAAAGAAAGGCUUUAGGUGACAUUAUUACCUGUGAACUCUGCAGAAAAUUGUGAAAUCUAAAACUGUGCAAUAAAUAUUUUGCUAUAUAACAACCCAGGGCUGCUUAAAGCCAAUUAUCCAAUGGCAGUGACUACACUGAUUAAAAUAAUGCACAUUGUAUUUCAGUCUAAAAGAUAAGGGGAAAAUACAAAGUGUGUCAGAUAGGUUUGUCGCAGUUCAUUUUUUUCUGGUCUUGUAGGCAAGAAUUCAGAAAAUAUUAUUAAUCCUUCAGCAAAGAGUAGAAAUGCUAGUACCAAUGUUACCGGAAAUUUCCACCAGUUACAAGCUAAAGAUGGUGUUUGUAUCAGUACUAGCAAACAGGCAUAAUUAAACUGGUUAAAUUAUGAAUAAAUAAAAAUAUACAAAUCAUAUUUCAAAGUAGGAAUUACUGUAAUCACAUUAUAUUAUAAUAUACUAUAUAUAUCGAGUUUUAGUGACGUGAAAAACAGCCGUGAGCUAGCUUGGCUGCCACACCUCCACAGUGUGUUAUGCCACCUAAAAGCCUUCUUCCAUUCUUAACUGGAAGUUAUGGAUUGAAGUUAAUGUGAUCAGACUGGUGGUGUGCAGUGUGUUCUCAUAGACAGUAUAAAAGAUGGAUACCAUAGUGUUACCCAAAAUGUAUGGAUAUGAGAAGGAGGGGUGGGUCUUGUUAGCUAAUGAGCAUUUUGUACCACAAAUAAUCUUCCAUUUGGAAAAAUUGUAUGACCAAGAUUUACAACAAUAGACUUAAUCUUUUUAUUAUUCAGUAACUGAGCCCAUAAACUCAUCAGAUAAGGGUUUAGAAAGGUCAAGACCAAAUAAAAAUUGAAUUCCACGGGCUUCUAUAGCACUGGAAGCCUUUUUGCAUCCACAGCUAUCGCCAUCUGGUGGACUUUAGGUAAAAAGCAGGGUUCAGGCAAAUCCGGAUUGGCUUCAUUUUAAUUCAAAGCUAUGUCAGACUUUGAUACUGUCUAUGUGUGUGUUGCACUUUUUGGACAAUCUGUGUCUUCCUGUUAAAAGUGCUGUAGGUUUUAAAAGGCUGUGCAUCAUAGUCAUGAUAUAGUGACGAUACUGUCUAACCUUGCAAUAAUGUGACUUACUGAAAUGAGAAGUUAAACACCCUUGUUAGGUUUCAACCAUAGCUCAGCCCAUGUUUUUGAGAGUUCAAAUGUUUCUAGGGCUAGGUUUUCAGUGCUGCUGAUAUUUCUGCCAGAAUCUUUUAAGAUGAAUUUGCUUGCCACUCAAAACAACAAACAAAAAACAAAUCUGGAAUAAUUUAUUUCAGGUUAAUGUCAACUCAUCGCCCCCAGCAUUUCCUUGGUCAUGUUUAGUUUUCAAUAAAAGGCAAAUAUUAGACAUCAGGAAGUGUGCAUUGAUCUAUCCAGUCAACUUAAACUAAAAGCUAAGUUUUUUAAUUAUAGGUGUUAUCUUAAUAGUUAUUUGUAUGCUUCUAGUAGCAAUAGAUUAAAAGCCAUGUUAAGUAUAAGAAAGAUUGAAGUUUAAAACUUCUUUAGUUGGCUGUUCUUGCUGUAGGAGGCGGCCAUGCGUAUGUUAGCUAACAAGGUUUUGACAUUGCUUUCCAGCCAAGUGUAUCUGAUAUAAUUGUAAAAAUAACUUUUCAGGUGAAUUAUAUGAUAACAUGGGCUCAAGUAUUCUGAUUUCUAGUAUACUCCACAUGUACAUAUGUGAGUAUGUGUAUGUCUGUGUGAUAUUCUUAAGUGCCUCUUUUGUAUUUUUAAUUUUUAUCUGGAUGCUGUAUGGAGUGUCUUUCCUGUACAUCCUGUUUUUUGUACAGCGUUUUGAUAUCUACAUCAUUGUCCACAAUAUAGUCAUGUACACUAUGAGUAUAUGAGUAUGGGCAGGAAUACAUUAGAAGAACUGAUAUAGAGGAAAAGUUAAUCCUAUAUAACACUUGAAAUUGUUUGUAUUGUUUCUUUGAAUAAAUUGUGAUUGCUACAUUGAUAAAUGUUCACUAUGCUUGCUGAACACAGUUUUGUUUUGGGGGGUUUUCAGAACUGACAGGCCACAAUAAGUGGACAUAAACCCUGAAAUGUGAAUUUUGCCACAUGUAACUCUAAUAAAAAUGGGGUUGUGGAUUAA